AAUGCAUGCAUGUAACAAGGUUCUGAGUCUCUGGCACAGACAAUAUGUAAGCACAUGAUUUUAAUUGAUUUCUUAAUGUAAAAUAUUGUGUUAGGUGAUAAUUUCCAUUGAAUUUAUUUAUUUCCGGUGCAAAGUUAUGGAGAACUCGUCUCCAUGGAGGCAGGCAAGUAGAGCUGGAAUGCUGGAUAGAAGAGAUAUUGCCUUACUUUUAUUUAUAUUGAAUAUGAUGCAAUACCACUCGUGUUCUACAUAUUCUAUUAUAUGGUUUGUUGUGUAGUUUAUCAGAUACUGUUACCCUUUUGAAGAUGCUCAUCGUAUAUUAGAUUUAAAGUAGGGAUGGAUGAUCGGUGGGCGAUAAGCUGGUGUGGAGACAGUGCAUAAACAUCGUUCGUAUAAUUUUUCGAUCCAGAUCGAAAUCGCACUGCCACUCAUUGAGUUGUUAGGCAGCUGAGUUUAUCUUGUCUCCCAUACCAUGUAUAUAUAUUGAGCAGAUGACAGAGGGAAAGAAGGCAGACUUGUGCACCUAAUUGAACAUUCAAUUGCAAGUACAUCUCACCUUCUCUUUUCCCAUAGAAAAAAUGGCUGCCUCUCCUUUAAACUCAAAAUCACAUAUCCAUGCUCGCUCUAACAGCUUGCCUUCAACUUCACACCCUUUUGUUACAGAAUUUGAGGAGAACUUGUGCAGAUUAAGGGCUUCAGAAACUGUCUGUUCAUCCUCAUCCUCAUCCAUAAGUCACAAACUAACUAUAGACUUCAGGAUUUGCAUGAAUGUGUUGAAAACUUUCUCCUUUUGCCACUCACUCAACAAGCCUUGGCACAGGAGUGUGGAGACAAAUGGAUCAAUGAACUACUAGAUGGAUCUUUGAGGCUCCUGGAUGUGUGUGGCAUCAUUAAGGAUGCCCUUUUGCAAACAAAGGAAUGCACGCAUGAACUUCAAUCAAUUAUGCGAAGAAGACGAGGAGGUGACAUGAGCUUCAUAAGUGAGGUUAGAAAAUACCUUACCUCUAGGAAGGAUGUCAAGAAGGCCAUGAACAAUGCCUUAAAGGUCAGGGAAAGUAACUGCACAGACAAAAACCACGAGACUCCUGCUGUGGUCAACAUGUUGAAAGAGUUAGAUGCGGUCACUGUUGCUGUGUUUGAAUCCUUGUUGUACUUUAUAGCUGGUUCAAAAUCAAAAUCAAGCAGUUGGUCAUUUGUUUCCAAGCUGGUGCAGCCGAAAAGAAUAGCUUGUGAGGGCCAGGAAGUUGCGAAUACGAAUGAACUUGAGAAGGUGGAUGCUGCAUUGCAAUCCCUUGUUAGUCACAAGUCAAAAAAAUCUGAUAACACAAUGCAAGUCGAGGAUGUGCAAAUUUGGCUCCAGGAUUUGGAGGCAAACAUUCAAGACAUUGAAGAAGGACUUGAGUGCCUGUUCAGGCGCUUAAUCAAAACCAGAGUUUCCCUUCUCAACAUAUUCAGCCAUUAG